ACCCAUCCCUAAGGAGUAUCUUCCUCACAGGAAAAUCAUGGCUCCCACUUUGUCAGAGGAUCAGUUCCGGUGCAGCAUCUGCCUCGACCUCUUCACCAAUCCCACCUCCAUCCAGUGUGGCCACAAUUUCUGCCUAGAUUGCCUCAAUCACUUUUGGGAUACGAGACACAAAUUUGUGUGUCCUCUGUGCAAAGAGUCCUUCAAACAUCGCCCAGACCUGAGGAUUAACAUAGUUUUAAAAGAGAUCACCGAGGAAUUCAAAAGGUCACUGAAAAACAAGGCGCCACCCAAGACUCUCCAAAGGCAGAUUUCUGUGACUGACGUUUCCUGUGACAUCUGCAAAGGCGUAAAGGCUUCAGCCGUCAAGUCCUGCCUGGUGUGCAGAAUGUCUUUCUGUGAAAUACACCUGACGCCUCACCUUAGAGAUCCAGUUCUGACCAUGCACAGGCUCACAGACACAGGAACGUUUAGCCACCUGUGCAGAAGUCACAGGAAAAUCUUGGGGAUGUUCUGCAAAGACGAUCAGAUGCCAGUGUGUGCGAAAUGCACAGAGAGGGAUCAUAAAUACCAUAACACCGUGCCCAUAGAGAAGGGUCAUGGUAAUCAUCUAUCUAGUGAGAUCAAGAAGAGCGGGGCAGAGUGUGAGCGUCUAAUCGAGGCGAGGUUGAGAAAGUGUGAGGAGAUCAAGCAGUCAGUUAAACAGAGCAAACUCACAAAGGAUAGGGUGAUCCAGACCAGCGUCGAGGUCUUCACACAGGUGAUCAGUGCCAUUGAGACAAACCAAGCUUUACUGAUUGAAGAGAUUGAGAAAAAACAGGAGGAAGCGGAGAAGAAAGCAGAGGAGUAUCUCAAAGAGCUAGAGCAGGAGAUCAGGGAGCUUCAGAUGAGACGCGCUGAUCUGAGGAUCCUGGAAAACACAGAGGAUCCACUUCACCUGGCCACGAGUUUCCCACCUCUGAAUAUUCCCCUGGCUACCAGAGACUGGUCUGAAGUCAACGUCCACAAUGACCUGCACCUGGGACAAGUUAGGAAAGCCUUUUCCAAGUUGGUGGAAGCCUGCCACCAACUGGAGGAGAAACUCUAUGCCGAGGAAGUGGAAAAGCUCGGCCAACAUGCAGUGAAUAUAACCUUUGACGCUGCCACAGCCACCGGCUGGCUGAUCGUCUCCUCUGAUAGAAAAAAGGUGAGCCUCAGCAGCAAGCCAAGGAAGCUGUCGCUCCCUAACGAAUCCCGCAGGUUUGACUCCUGCGUCUCCAUUCUGGGUAAACAAAGCUUCACCUCUGGGAGGCGCUACUGGGUUGUGCAGGUUGGAGAGAAAACUGACUGGGAUCUGGGUGUGGCCAGGGAAUCCAUCAACACAAAAGGGGCCAUCACUGUGCGUCCAGACUGUGGUUUCUGGGCCAUAUGCAGGCGUAAAGGUGGCAGCCUCAAUGCGUGCGCCGGCCCCUUAGUCACCCUCCACCUCCAGGAGACGCCGCAGAGAGUGGGCAUCUUCCUGGACUAUGAGGAAGGCACAGUGUCCUUCUUCAACGUAGAAGCAAAGACUCACAUAUAUACCUACAGUGGCUGCGCCUUCACUGAGCCUCUCUACCCCUACUUUAACCCCUGCCUGCAGGAAAAUGGGAAAAACACGGCUCCACUGGUCAUCUGUCCAAUUGAAGAGUAUUUCCCUGUAUAGCUUUAAACCAGAAACACCCAGAUUCAGCUAUCAAGCUCAUUUCCUUCUUGUCCAUAUGAUAUAUGGGUACUUGAAGAUGUGAUUUUAUAGAAGUCACAAAAUGACCAGUACUCACCUGAAGUACAGGGGCUCUCAUUUCAGCCUUUUCCAGGCAAGGUCUGUGCUGCUGUGCUCUUGUGUGUCUGUGUGCUUUAACGCCACACGUGACUCACAAGUCCGACAUUUAGCAAAUUCUCCUUGAGCAAAUUUAGGUGUAACUCAGACCAAGUGUACGACAAAGUAAUGAAGGCUCAGCAGUCCCAGGAAUGUAAAUAUGCAUACAUUCAACUAAAUGUACAGCGUGCUAUCACUCCCUCGAUUUUAUUUAGGAUUAUAAACAGCAGUGUAUUAUUUUUCUUAGCAUUUUCCACAAUUAACCCGUCAUUUCAUCCUCUUCAUUUAUUUCCAUAAUUCAUUUUUAUGACCAUGUCAGGGACGUUUACUCUUCAACAAUUAGUAAUGUUUAUUUUAAUAACAAUAUUAAUACUAGCUUUCAGUUCUUGGACUUAGCUACUCAGUUGAGAUUUUUUACAUAAACUGAAUCCCAUUGGUUGGUGAUCAAGCAAUGUUUAAGAAUUAUGUUGAGGUCAAAUCUUUAUGGUCAUGUAAAUUAGGAAUGUAAUAGGAAUACUGGCUGGAAAUUAUGUUAGUUUACAAUCAACUGUAUCAUUUUAUUAGUUCACUGUUAUUUCGCAGCAGUUUAUAUCAAUUAUUUAAAAUGGAAUUAAGGAUUGCUGCUUGGAGGCCUUCAAUAAUAAAGGACAAAUGGAAUAAUGCACAGCUAUAAAUACUGCAGGAUUAGUUGAUGAUGCACUGUCCAGUUUUGUUGGUUGUUUUGUAUUAGUGUUUCUUUUACUCCUUUGAUUACUCAUUUACCAAAACUCACAAAACCUUUGUCAACGUUAGUUCUAUUUAGAAGAAAACAGAUGAUAAAGCACUGCUAUUUUUCAAACUGCUGGUUAUGCUAGUAACAACAACCAUGCAAACAUUUAAUUUGUAUUCCGUUCUGAGAGGUGGCAAUUCUAAACUACAUUGCCCCCUAGUGACCAGAGGUGGUACUUUGCAGGAAGAUGGAUUUGUUUUAUACCUUUUAAUAGUCACCACAGCAGUUGUUCCCAUAAUAACUUGGCAGAUGCCCUUCUUGACAAAACCCAGGUUGGUUUGGGGACUAGGCGGUAUCAAACCAGGGAUCUUCUGGUCUAAGGCAAUGUCAAAGUAUAAUAUUUUUUUAUUUCAAAAAGUGACAAUAAGAGUCAAAAGAAUCAAAUGAUUUUUCCCCUAAUUCUACCAGAUUCUUCCUGAAUCAUGUCUUUAAAUUUUUUAUUUGAUUUAAUGUCAAAAUUAAUGUUGUAAGGACAUGGACAAUAUGAUCGUGUAACCUGGUUUGUUGUUUAUUUUUCUUCUCUGGCAGAAGAUUCUUUUUUAACUACAUUGCUGUAUCCAGGUAAAAAUUGUUUCCUGGUACAUCAUUACACUCUGAGCCUUCUUUUGAACAGCUGCGUCUGGUGCUGCUCUCAUGAUGUGCAUUCACACCAAAUGAGAUAAAAGCUCAAAUAUGAUUGUACAGAAAAUGAUUUGAAAUUUUUGAUGAGUCUGAUGAUGACAAAAUGGUGUCAGAUUUGGUUUUGGUGCACAGGUUAUAAUUGUAUAUAAUUAUAUAACGUCACAUGGUACUUCUAAAACACCUAGUUAAAAGCUGCUUAUCUGUAAUGGUAUUUAUAUACAGUAUGUAGAAAAGUAUCCCCACUUACUCUGCUAAUAUUUACUGUGUGUGUACUAGAAGUGCUUAACUCAUGGGCUACUGUAUGUGAACAUGUACAUUUAAGUAUUUAUCAUAUGCUAAGCUGCUGUUGAUGAUUAUAGCUAACAUGAUUAUAUUGAACAGAGCUAUAUAGCUAUAGCUUAACUAUGUUAACAUAAUACAAGUUAUAUUUUUCAUGACAUGUUUAACUUGCUGCAUUAUAUCAGAACAAAACGGUUUGCUAGUCAUUUAUUGUUUUGCUGAUAUUUUUAACACCUUCAUACCAAACAUUAUCAUGUAUGGGGCAUAACAUGUAGCAUAAAGUACCUCCGCUACUUUUCUAAAGAACCUUGGUAUUACAACACAGCCAACAUUUGUGUUUUACUCUGCUCAACAUUUAUUCUCAUGCUAAUUUUACACCUCUGUGAUGGAAGAUGACAGAUUUUCCCAAGGGUGUUAUUAUUAUUCUCUACUAUGUGAACUGUAUGAGUUUCACACAUUAAUUAAAGCAUGAAUACUUUUUUGCAACCAACUGUCCAGUUUAUUGGCUCGGUCAUAGGUUUUGUGGUUAUGUGCCCAUAACAGUACUAUGACAAAUAUGUUUGAGUCCCUCCAGUCUCACUUUCAUUUGUAUAAGCAAAAGCUUAAAAUUUGACAUUUUAACAUUUUAAAACCUUGCUUGAUUACUGUUACACUUUUUUAUUUAUUCAACGGCAAUAGUAAUCU